AUGGAGAAGCUGGCCUCACCGGAACCAGCACACCCCUUGCAGGGCGCAGGGCCCGUUGCUGAGGUUUCUGUUGCCAAGACGGCAGGGGCUGUGGAAGACGAGGCUGCAACAUGGGUGAGAUCCAAACUGUUUGAGUGUGGGUGCAUGAAACGCUGGCUACCACAGGCCUACAGAGAAGAACUCUACCAAGUGUUACGACUCACAGGCCCACUGCUGCUGUCUCGGAUUCUGAACUUCCUCCUGCCAUUUGUUAUCACUAUAUUCUGUGGUCACAUUGGCAAUGCAGAACUGGCUGGAUAUGCACUGGCCUCAGCGACCAUUAAUAUAACCACGACUGCAACAGGCUAUGGCCUUGGUGUGGCUUGUGACACACUCAUCUCUCAGACAUUCGGAAGUAAGAACAUGAAACGCGUGGGAGUGAUUCUCCAAAGGGGUUCCCUGAUCCUGCUGCUGUUUUGUCUGCCAUGUUGGGCUAUUCUCAUCAACUCUUACAACUUACUGAUCCUCAUGCACCAAGAGGAAGAGGUGGCGAGAAUUGCCCACAUCUAUGUGAUGACAUUUCUACCAGCUGUUCCAGCUAUGUUUCUGCACCAGCUGCAGGUUGCCUACCUGCAAAACCAAGGGAUCAUAUUCCCACAGAUGUACACAGCAGGAAUGGCGAAUGUUUUUAAUGUGGGCUUCAACUACAUUUUGAUCUUCAGCCUCAAUUUGGGUGUUGUUGGAUCAGCAAUUGCUAAUAGCCUCUCUCAGAUCACCAUCUGCCUGCUGCUGUUUGGUUACAUCAGAUGGAGGAACCUCCAUCAGCAGACAUGGGGAGGUUGGUCCACUGAAUGUCUGCAGGAAUGGGGUUCUUACAUGAAGCUGGCUAUUCCGAGUGCACUUAUGAUCUGCUUUGAAUGGUGGAUCUGGGAGCUUGGAGGUUUCUUUGCUGGUUUACUUGGUGAAGUGGAUCUUGCUGCUCAGCAUGUGUUGAUGGAAAUAGGAAGCAUUGUAUACAUGUUCCCUUUAGGCGUCCAUGCGGCUGCCUGUGUGCGUGUUGGCAAUGCUCUCGGGGCCGGGAACACUGCCAGAGCUUUAGUCUCCUGCAGAGUGGCCUUAGUUCUAUCAGGAGUGCUUGCUGUUUUCCAGGGUAUUGUUAUUGCUAGCUGUAAGUCAGUCAUUGCCUUCAUAUUUACCUCUGAUGUCAACAUUGUGGCAAUCGUGUCAGAAAACCUCACAGUGUAUAUAUUUCUACAGUUCUUUGAUGCACUUCUGUGCGUCUGCUCAGGGAUUCUUGUAGGAUCUGGGAUGCAGAAAAUUGCUGCGAUCUCCAACUUGGUUGGUUACUACUGUAUCGGCCUGCCAGUGGGAAUAGCUCUCAUGUUUGCUGCCAAGCUGAGGAUAUUAGGUUUGUGGCUGGGCCUCCUUAUAUGUGUUGUCAUUGAGACGGUGUUAUUCCUGGUUCUGAUCUUUAAGCUCAACUGGAAAAAAGUCACACAGAAGGCUCAACUGCGAGCUGGGAAGAAAUUGCUGGUAACACCUGGACAUCCUCCUAGUACAGGGCUCAGUGAAGCUAUGGUGCCGGAUACUCCUAACUGCCUGGACUCAGGCCCGUUGGACAGCGGAGAAGCUCCUAAAACAGAUGGCUACAGUCCGGUGAACACCCAGGAUCAGGAAGUGAAAGCUGCUCAUGUGGCAGGUGACAGCAAUGCUAAUGCAAGAAGAACUGAACAGAGCAAAAACACCAAACCUAAAGUGCUGCUUUCUGCCACUCAGCUGAUUUUGCGUCUGGGAACCACCUUAUUGGUUUCAGUUCUUAUUUUGAUUAUAGGUGUUGCCUUUUAUAUUGCUUUCCCUGUACCAGGGCUGAGUGCACAGAGCAGGGCCAACUUUACUCUGAACGGGGCCAAUGACUCCACUCCCACACCAGUGACUCUGAACCUUACACUAGACUUCUGAUAUAUAUUUAACUUCCAAGUAUUGACUUCUCGUGGCUGCACAUAGUUCUCACAGAUGUAUUCACAGAGAGAAAAGUGUCAAAUUCCUUCCUAGUUGCAGAUCUUCUCAUGAACCAGAGGUCUCAUUUAGUAAAAACCUGAUGUUUGCUACUCGUGCUACCUUGUGUAGAGAAAAACGUCUCAGUGCUGCACUGCCAAGCAAAUCCACAGAAAGCUGGAAGAAAUAUCAAAUGAGAGGGAAUCUGGCAGGAUUAGCAAAGGUCUUGUUACAAAGAUCAUGUUUUAACCAGCUCACAGCUGAGAUGUUUUAACUGGAGCAACAAGGUAGGUUACAAAUCCUCUCUGAAUAAUCACACGGGCAUCAACCAACAGAUGUUUUCUCACAGAUAGCUUUUUUGUUUUUCAACCUGUUCUUGACUUGAUUUACAUAUUGCACUGUGAGAUAUAUGUUGAAGCUUACUGACCUCAAAUCAUUUUCUCAUGUUUUAACUUUAAUAUUGACUGUAAAUAUGUGAUGCUAAAUUUACAUGUC